UGCAGAGGACGUGAUCAGAGACAGGGCCCGGGUGGGAUAGGAGGGAAAGGCCUAUAAAUGCGCCACAGGAGAGCACAGCAGCACCCAUCCCAGUCCAGGUCCUCCUGCUUACCCAUCGUUUUUACAUCCCCUCUGGAAUCACAUCAUGGAUAUCCCCAUCCAAUAUCCCUGGUACCGUCGGGCUUUCCCACGUCGACUCUCUGACCUCGCCUUGACAGAACCUCUUACUGAUUGGCCACUACUCUGGCCCUUGCCCUGGUCCUUCUCCUGGCUGCGUCCUUCGUUCAUGCGUUGGUUCAAUUGGUCCGACAAUGGACACAGUGAGAUGCGCAUCGAGAAGGAUCGUUACAUCAUUUAUCUGGAUGUGAAGCAUUUCUCACCUGAGGAGCUGUCUGUCUGUGUCAGUGACGAGUUCAUCACAAUACACGGCAAGCAUGAAGACAGACAGGAUGACCAUGGCUUUGUGUCAAGAGAGUUUGUGCGAAAGUACAGGCUUCCUGCUGGCGUGACAGGUGCUGAUAUCACCUCCUGUCUGUCAUAUGAUGGGGUGCUUACAAUCACUGCGCCUCGGUCAUUUCCUGGUCCCGAGCGCAGUAUUCCUAUUUCCUGCGAAGAUGGAACACAGAAACAGAAAAUGUAGAUCUGACGCUUCUAACACUGUUUCACAACUAACCCAAAGUGCUGCCUGUUUUUAUAUUUAACCUCUUACAGUUUUGAUGGCAGUUCAGUACACGUAUACAGUAGGCAAGGCAUACAAGUCUAGAUAUUUUUAAGUGCAAGUGCCUUCUAAUAAACCAGUAUCUCAUUCCUAACUCACUGUUAUUCCGAUGUUUCUGCAAGACAAUGAUGCUUUAAAACCAAAGGCUAAUAUGUUGAACCCAUGAACUGGAGUGAGGUAGAGGAUAAAAAAACUCCUGAGAGUUAUUUUCCCUAUCACAAGCCUAAAGAAUCACUCUUAAAACCAUACCUCUCUGCCAGAAAUAUUCACACUACUGUGUAUGUAAAUGACCGAUUACACCUAAUCGUAUUUUGAAAGGCAUUUCCUUUCCUGCAUCAGGCAUUUGAAUGUUAUAUCAUGUCUGUACUGGCCCUGCAGUUUAGUGGCAGAAUUGUAAGCGUUUGUUAACUGAACCCAAACUAGCUUGCAGCGCCUAUUCAUUUUGCAGGAAAUAUACAUUUAAGUGAGUGGAAAUGCAAAUAAUUCUUCUCAAAAUUGCCCACAGAAGAUAAUACCAAACUGAACUUGUUAAAUGUAUAUGUAUCUACAGGACACAGUGCUCUGCUUUGUUUGUGUAUGUGUGAGGAGGAGGUAGUUCUCUGGAGGCAUGUACAGUCAUUUUUAGUUUGUUCACUAAAAAAGGAAGCCACCAUUGGACUUGGGACCAGGUGUGUACUCGUUGAGAGGAAGAAAGAGGGUGAAUGAGCACGAGGGAAGGUUGUGGACGUGGGAGGAACUGAUGUUUGGAGAGAGACAGCUUUCAUCACGGGGCUCCUUUUCUGCUGGGGAGCAUGGCCUCUGAGCUGCUAAGUAAAGUGUGUGUGCGUGCGUGUGUGUGCGUGUGUGUGUGUGUGUGUGUGGUGUGUGUGUGUGUGUGUGUGUGUGUGUGUGUGUGUGUGUGUGUGUGUGUGUGUGUGUGUGUGUGUGUGAGUGAGAGAGCAAAUGUGCUUGUAGAUGCAAGAAUUACAGCUUUAUCAUUCCUUCAUACUGGCAACAACCCUCUGGCAUAUUAACACAGAAAACAACAAAGAGAAUAAAUGUUGAAACUCAAACUCAUAGCUGUGUGUUGUUUUUAUGUGUGAAGCUUCACAUAACUUCAUACACAUGGGGAGAAGAAAUUACUUUCUUACCUGAUUUAAAACAAGAACUCACAUAUUUGUUUUUGUCAAGUCGGUGUAGAUUUAUAUGAUAAUCAUGAUAAUCAUUCUGUCAAAAAUAGGUCUUAUUUCAGUGUCAUACAAAGGAUUAACAUAAAAGCAGCAAUUACAAGUUUUGUGGAUUUUUAAAGGAAUGUCAGAUAAAAAUAUGUUAUUUUCAACACUAAUUUCUUUAUUUUGCCAUUAUCAAACAUGCAAACAACGUUUUAACACAAAUACUACUGCUUCCAUUUACUUUAAUCCACUCUGCACUCUUGCAUGUGCAUUAGACAUACAUCAGCUUCCUUUUAU